UUUCAGAUAAAUUGCCGAAAAUGUCUGACUCCAACGUAGAUGCUCCUUCUGAUCCAACAAAAAAGCAAGAAUCUUUGCUCAAUCUUCCUCUGGAUACUGCCAAUCAGGUAUUGGAAAAGUUGGAUCCAUUGGAUCUGUUGGCGUCUCGUAAAGUAUGCCAAGGAUUGAAGACGGCCAUCGAUAGAAAUGGUAUAUCAUUUGACACAAUUACUUUUGACUUUAGCGAUGAUCAAAGUAUUCUGGAUUUUGACGAAAAUGAGAUCAAAUACGCGGAUGUUGAUAAUGAUACGACUGUGACUUACAAAGAUCAAGAAAAGCGAUUUGAAAAUGAGAACUUUCUCGAAAUAGCGGUCAAGGAUCUGAAGACAGUAUGGAAUAACGUAUCCAAAUUGCACAUUUAUAACUAUGCAGAGGACAGAACUGACAUUAUCACAUCCUUCAUUAACUCUUUGAAAUCUGAGAAAAGUGUUCAUGUGAAGCAAAUCUCCCUUUCCAACUUCUCAUUCAAUGAUGUUCUUAAUAUUCUACAAUGUCUUGAUGAUCAAUCCCUGGAAGCAAUUAAAUUGAGCAAUCCAAGCCAAAUUAAUCAACUCGCCCAGAUUACUCAUUUGAAUCAAUGGAAAACUGCAAAGAAUUUUGAACUUUGCAAUGGAAAACUGGACAACAGUGAACAAAUUGAGCAUCUCUUCCACUUUGAGGAAUUUGGUUGCGGAACUGAUGUUUUCUCAGUAUCAAAUGCAGUUAAAGUUAGAGAUGAUCUUAUGAAAAGGAGUUCAUUUCAAACAUGCCGCAUUUAUUUCAAUGUGUCACAGUCAAAUCCAGUCGAUAUUGCAAAAGUUUUCAAGCCGGACUAUGUUGGUGGCAAUGAAUAUUCGUUUGAAUAUUCGGAUGAUAUCCACAAAUUUGCUAUUGAUUGUUUCCGCGUUGGUGAAUCUCAUCGGUUUUCUGUAAGAAGAUGUUAAUUUGAUAUUUAGUUGAAGUGUAAGAAUAAGAGUACAUACUUGUUUUUUAAACCGUUUUUCCAACCCACCCAAUGAAAAAUUCUAUAAUUCAUCUAUUUAUUCUGUGCAAAUAAAUUAUUUCAAAUCAUCUA